AUGGACGCUUGGCCCGCCCUCGCUCUCGCCGCCUUCUGGCUCGCCGUCCACGUUCUCUCCCGCCUCCUCGCCGUCCGCCCCUCCGCGCUCCCAACCACGCACACGCGCACACACAGGCGCCUCCGCGGCUCGACGCAAUGGUCGCUGCGCGCGCUGCACCUCCGUGUGCAGUCCACCGCGUUCAACGGCGCACACGAUGCGCUCACGGCCGCGCUCGCGCGCCUGCGGGUGACGCAUGUGCGCAUGCACGACGUGCUCCGGAUGUUCUACAACGUCGGGAGUGUGGUGGCCAUUGCAGGGAUGGCUGGUGCGCUCGUGCUGAUGGCGUGGACGGCGGCGCAGCUCGUGGGCGGGGCGGAGGGCGGCCAGACGCUUUCUCGGCGGGAUGGGGUGCGGCGCAGCGCGGUGCCAGUGCAUGCGAUUAUCCCUGGUCUGACCGUCCCGCUCGCCCACGUUCCCGUCCUGCUCCUUGCCCUCCUCACUGCCCAGGUCGUCCACGAAGCCGGACAUGCGCUCGUCGCUGCAAUCGACUCCGUCCCGCUGCUCUCUACCGGCUUUUCGCUGACCCUCGUCUUCCCCUCUGCUUUUGUCGGCCUCUCCGCCCCAGCCACUGCCGCACUCCCGCCCCCUGCCCGCAUGCGCCUUGCCUCCGCUGGAGCGUUCCACAAUCUCGUCCUUUGCGCGGUCCUCGCAGCAGCUGCUGCCCUGCGCACCGGGCACGCCCUGUGGCCCCUGCUCGGCUACACGGACGUCUCUACAUGGGGCCGCGUCGUCGUCGGCGUCGACCAGGAUUCUCCCCUCGCCGCAUUCCUCCCCCUCGGCGCGAUCGUGACGAAGAUCGACGACACGUUACUCCUGGCUGCAGACACCGAGACAGACCUUUGGACUGCCCUCCUCGCUGCUGACCCAAUGCUGCAAGAAGAUGAUGCUCCCAUGGGGUGGUGCAUCGAGCGCUCUUGGUUCGUAGACCAGCCGACGUCUUGCUGUGAUGCGCGCUUAGGUGCAUCCUCUGCACUGUUGCCUCUGGCUUGCUUCGCAUCGUACAAUGUCCCGCUCGCAAUGGACGAGCGCUGCCUCGAUCCGCUGCCGUAUCUCGACGAUUCGACGGCCCCUGCCCCUGCGCGGCGAUGCAUGUCCGCCGUUGACUGUGGUGUGCACCACGUCUGCGCGGCAGUGCGCCCGGACCAGCAGCUGACGCGGCUCGCUGUGCACGUCCCCACUCGCGCAGACAGCGUCGUGGUGUGGAACGGGCCCAAGCACGAGAUCUUGCGUGACGUCGAUGUCGGCGCUUGGGGUGCGCGGUACCGCCUCCUGCCCGUCCGCCUGCCCGUCUGGGUGGGCACGUUUUUCGGGUACGUCGAGACGCUCAGCAUGUCGCUGUUCUUCCUCAACCUCGUCCCGUUGCGCUUCCUCGAUGGCGCGCCGUUUCUUGACGCGCUCGCCGAUGCGGUGCUCUCGGAAAGGAGUGUGGUAGGAGACAACGACCUCGCGCUGGAGGCGCUGGAGGGCGGGGAAGGGCGUGUGCGAGAGAGGAAUUGGCGGGUGACGGACGAAGCGCACGGGCGCUGGAAACUGCGCCUGCAGCGGGUAUUGGAACUCGUGUUUGCGAUGCUCAUUGUCUCGUGUAUCGUUCUCGCGCUCGUUCGGACGUCUUGGCGAACGUAG